CAGUACAGAAGAUUGCUGUCUGUCUUUAAGGACUUUAGUUAAUUAAGGAAAUAAAUAUUUUCUGAUUUAAUUCCAGUGAAGAAGAGGUGCACAAAAAAAAAAAAAAGGUUUCGUCUUUCUUCUUUAUACGUCUCUCUGAAAUUCUCAAGGGUGACUAGGGUUUAUCUUCUCCUUCUUCGUUAUCGCAAAUUUAACCAAAAAAUGGCUGCAGAGCUUGUUAAUUCUGCAACAAGUGAAAAGCUUGCUGAAAUGGAUUGGGCCAAGAACAUUGAGAUCUGUGAACUAACUGCUCGAGAUGAAAGGCAAGCAAAAGAUGUUAUCAAAGCUAUCAAAAAACGCUUAGGGAGCAAGAACCCAAAUACUCAAUUAUAUGCUGUCCAGUUGCUGGAGAUGUUGAUGAAUAACAUAGGAGAGAAUAUUCAUAAGCUGGUUAUAGAUACAGGUGUACUCCCUAUACUUGUCAAGAUAGUAAAGAAAAAAACGGAUUUGCCUGUAAGAGAGAGGAUAUUUCUCCUUCUUGAUGCAACUCAAACCUCUCUUGGUGGAGCUUCAGGAAGAUUCCCUCAGUAUUAUUCAGCAUACUAUGAUUUAGUGAACGCAGGAGUUAAGUUUCCUCAGAGAUCUAAUUCUACACCACCAGUUGUGAUCACUGCACAAGCGGUUCCUAGAAAUACACUCAUUGAACAACUUGCAUCUGCUAGAAAAGAGAGGACUGCUUCUUCUACUACUCAGCAGCGAGAAUCUCAAACCACCUCUCCUUCUCCACAUGUUAGCAUUUUACAAAAGGCUAGUGCUGCAUUAGAAGUUUUGAAGGAAGUGCUUGACGCAGUUGAUUCUCAAAAUCCUGAGGGAGCAAAAGAUGAGUUUACUCUUGAUCUUGUGGAGCAAUGCUCGUUUCAGAAAGAGCGUGUAAUGCACCUUGUAAUGACAUCAAGAGAUGAAAGAGCAGUUUCUCAAGCAAUUGAAUUGAAUGAGCAGCUUCAGAGGAUUCUCAAUAGACAUGAAGAUUUACUCUCUGGUAGAGUCACAGUGUCAGGAGGCAGGUCUACUACAUCUAAUGGUUACCAUUCUACCUCAAACGGUCACCAGAAACAUGAGCUAAACGCUUCUAAUGGAAAUGCUAAAUCAACCAAAUUAAUGCUUGAAGAUGAGGAUGAGGAAGAGGAGCCUGAACAGUUAUUCAGAAGAUUGAGAAAAGGGAAAGCUAGAGCAAUGCCUGAAGAUGAAGAAGAGCCAAGACCUCAUCCACAAGUCUUACUUGGAUCAGCAAUCCAUAAUGAAAGACUAAACCGUCCACUGAUUCGUCCUUUACCAUCAGAGGAGUCAUCAGUCCAUAGUGAUAGCCCUUCUCAGUCCUCCUCUCCUGUUGUGAUUCCACCACCACCUGCAAAACACGUUGAGAGGCAAAAGUUUUUCAAGGAGAAGAAAGUUGAUGGAGGUUUGCCAGGUCAUAUGAGAGGUCUUUCUUUGCAUAGCCAAGAUGGCAGCAGCUCACGCAGUGGAAGUGUUGACUUCAGUGAAUGAAACACACACACAAAAGCUCUGUUUCAUCAUAAGUAUAUGUAUUCUUUUUACUUUUGCUCCUUUUAGGUUCUGUAAUUUACACAGAAAAGUUUGUGUUUUGUGUGUUGCUGUGUCUCUAGUAAUGUUAAAUUAAAAUAUAGCACAUUAGAUGAAAUAUGAUUAUGUAUACGAGAAGCAUGAGCUAAGCUAUUUACUGUGGUGUGCUAUUUACUGUGAUAUGUUAUGUAGAACCGAAAAACUA